CCAAGGUCUGGCCGCCAAACAAGUCGCUUGGGUUAACUGGGAUUAGUAGAAAAUGGCCAAGAGAUUCAUUCUUUUGCUUUUCGUCGCCAUUUCGCUGAGCGGAAAUGCCAGCGGACAGAGAGACCACCCACGUGGCCGAUCUUUCGAUGCCGAAUCGCAUCCCAUCAAGCAUGCGGAGGAGCAGCAGACGCAGUACUGGGUGGACAAGGCCCAGGAGAAGCUGCUUUCCAAACUGGCCGAGGCGCAGACGCUGAGCACGAACAAGGCGAAGAACGUGAUCAUGUUCCUGGGCGACGGAAUGUCCGUUCACACGGUGACGGCCACCCGGAAUCUGCUGGGCGACAGUGCCGACCAGGUGUUCUUCGAGGGAUUCCCCUACACGGGCUUGUCCAAGACGUAUUGUAUAAACCGCCAGGUGGCCGAUUCCGCCUGCACUGCCACCGCCUACUUGGGUGGAGUUAAGGCCAACUACGGCACCAUUGGCGUGAAUGCCAAUGUGAACCGGUACAGCUGUGAUGGCGCCGCCAGGGAGGAGGAUCGAGUGCUCAGCAUUGCCCAGUGGGCACAGGCGGCGGGCAAGGAUGCGGGACUGGUGACCACGGCCAGGGUGACCCAUGCCUCGCCAGCCGGCGUUUAUGCCCACAUUGCCGAUCGCAAUUGGGAGAACGACUAUGAGGUGGCCAACGGAGGCUGCGAUUCCGAGCAGACCAUCGACAUUGCCCGCCAGCUGGUGGAGCAGCCAGUGGGUCAGCAGCUCAAGGUUAUCCUAGGCGGAGGACGGAAGCACUUCAUCGACACCACGGUCAACGAUGAAGAGGGUUAUCCUGGCAAGCGCACAGAUGGUCGCCACUUAAUUAACAGCUGGUUGGAUCAGAAGAGGCAGGCCAAUGUCUCGGCCAACUACGUUUGGAGUCGCAAGGGUCUCAGCCUGGUGGAUCUGGACAAUACGGACUAUCUCCUGGGUCUCUUUGCCAACGAUCACUUGCCCUACAACGGCGAUCGGCACAGGAAGCGCAGCCAGCUGGCGGAUCCCUCGCUGAGUGAGCUCACAGAGGCGGCCAUCAAGGUGUUGAGUCGCAACCAGGAAGGAUUCUUCCUCUUUGUCGAGGGUGCCCGCAUCGACAUGGCCCACCACGAAACCUACGCCAGGAGAUCCCUCGAGGACACCGCCGAGUUCGCGGCGGCUGUCCAAAAGGCUCGCGAGAUGACCUCCGAGGAGGACACUCUCAUCGUGGUGACCGCCGAUCAUGCGCAUGUCAUGUCCAUCAAUGGUUAUCCUUACCGCGACCAGGAGAUCUUUGGGCUGGCCCAGCUGGCGGAUGACAACCUGCCCUACACGGUUCUGUCCUACGCCAAUGGACUUGGUUACUACUCCGCGUACAAUCAAGCUGAGGGACGAGCCCUGCUGCAGGAGAAGUCGGUGCUCGAUUCGGACUUUCGGUAUCCCGCGGUGGCGCCCCUGGAUUCGGAGACCCACGGCGGUGACGAUGUGGCGGUGUAUGCGUCGGGACCCUACGCCCAGUACUUCAGUGGGAACUACGAGCAGAGCAACAUCCCAGCUCUGAUGGCCCGCGCAGCAGGCAUCGGUCCCUAUGCCUAGGAUCAAUUUCUCCUUUUUUUUUUUGGCAGUUUGGCGUAUUUAAAACUUAUCCGACUGACAUAAACCAAUUAAAAUGCAUCAUA